AUGUCUCAAUUCCAUCCAAAUUUCUCUCGAGAAUAUUUACAGGACAAAGUAAUAGUCCUAACCGGAGGCGCCCGUGGCAUAGGACGAAAUCUCGUCGAAUUAUGCGUUCAACACGGCGCAUACGUAUGUUUCGGCGACAUUGAUGAGAAAGCUGGUCAUGACAUCCAAGAGGCUAUCAAUGCAGAUCGAGACUCGCCGAGCGCAAAGUUCGUGCGCGUUGAUGUUACGAAUUAUCAGUCUGUAUUGGCUCUAUUCAAGAUUGCAUUUUCCUGGCAUGGACGCAUUGAUCAUGUCAUUGCCAAUGCGGGGGCUCCUCCUACGACGGUUCUCGACGUCAACCUUCUCGGGUGUAUAUACUGUGCCCGCAUAGCCAGCGUCUACUUGCGCCAAAACCGAUCCGAAAACCAAGACCGUUCCCUAACCCUAGUCUCAUCGGUAGCGGGCUUCAAAGAAUCUCCAGGCCUAUUCCUCUACCAAGCCAGCAAGCACGGCGUUCUGGGACUUAUGCGCUCAUUGCGCAAAUACAUUAGCCUACCGACAACCAACAACAUCCGUGUUAAUGCUAUCUGUCCCUGGAUGACCGAGACCGGUAUGGUAGCUGGCAUUGAGGAGGGAUGGCGCAAAGCGAAUCUGCCGACUAAUCAGCCCUUGGAUGUGGCCAAAGUCAUUGCUGGGGUUGUCUCGGAUCCAGGGCUGAAUGGGACGUCGAUGUAUGUUGAGGGUGGAAGGGCGUGGGAGAUUGAGCAGAAUUUGGACAGAUUGCAGCCUCAGUGGUUGGGUGAGGAGCCUUCGAGAUCUCUUGAGAGGGGGCAGGCGGUUUUAGGGGAAGGGAUGGAGUGGGCACAAUGA